UUUUUGUUUAGCUACUUCCGGAUCUGGUUGUUUACUUUGGUCUCUACUCUAUAUCAUGUGUUCAUUAUUAAAACCCUUAACAAUCGCCGAAUAAGACAUUAUAUACAUUUUAAAAGUUUUAACCGCUAGUAUUGUAUUUUAUAUAAAUUUAAACAAGCGCUAUCUGGUUGCUAUCGGAGUAAGUGGAUGAUGAAGCGCGACCGACGCGGUCGGUUCCGUGCUCUUGUGCAGGAGACUCAGCUGGGACAGCAGGCUGCUGAGCGUAAGCCAGGCGGCCGCCGUGGAAGACCGCGAUCUUCCGAAAUACAGCACACAGAAGAAAGUCUCGACCCUUCAGCUGUAGUAGGUGGUGCUGAAGGCGGAUCAGAGGAAUCGGGCACAGGAAGGACUGUAACCACUGCAUUCUGCCGGCUUUGCCAUGGGAAAUUUUCAUCCCGGAGCCUGCGAAGUGCCUUUGGGAAGAUCCCUGUGAUUGGACAGGGUCCCAAGAAGAAGCAGAAACAGCAGGUUUUCUUUGCUGAUUUCCAGCGCCUGCUGGGUGUGCCGGUGAUGCAGGAUCCAGUCCUCUCACAGUUCAUCUGCAAGAACUGCUACACCCAGUUCUAUAAAUGCUCCAGCAUCCUACGGACGUUUAUCCAGCGUGUUAACAUGUCACCAACUGGGAGAGUGAGGUCAGCAGGCCAGGGAAAUUCACUUUCUAUAAAUUCAGACUCCGAGAAUUCAAGUUUUGGUGAUCUGAUUACAUCAAGUCCUGGGUGCUUGCACAGCCUGGUAUCCUGGGCACACCAGCAUGCCGGGUCAUGCCAGUCCUCCCCCAGCCUGCAGGAGGUGAUGGCGUCAGAGUACUGUGGGGUGGUCCGGGCAGUCUGGGCCUGUGGAGACGGCCAUAACUAUGUCAUGGACACUGACUCUGAUCGCACCCCACAGGGGCUUCAUUCUGCAAAAGAAGCAGUGAAACCGGAGGGUGGGGAGGGCUUAGGAAAGACAGCUUCAGGGAACAGUUCUACAGAGCAUGGCAGGCAGCCACAGCUGGCCACGACGGAGCCUUGCAGCUCGGAUUGCCAGAAGUCCAUUUACCCAUCGGCAACAACACUGGUGACAAACGCAGGGACUCCACGAAACCAGAAUGCAUCGCACCACCAUAUAGAGAGUAAUAAAAAUGCACAUGAAUCGCCUGUAGACAGCAUUGAAGGACAGUUAAGCAGUAAAGAGGUGCUCAGUUCAGUACCACCAGGAGAGGCAUUGGAUGGGGAAGAGGAAGAUAGUGAUCUGUCCGACAGUUCUAACCUAAUUCUGUCAAGCGACGAUGAGGAUGAGGAAAAGACAAAAAGUGGAUCUUCGGAUGAGUUAUUUGAACCUUACCCAGAGAAAAAUAAAGUUUCUUCAAAAAAGAGUGAGAGUAAAGAGGCUAAAAAGAAGACAGAACCAAAAGUAAGGAAGAAACCAGGUCCCAAGCCAGGAUGGAAGAAGAAAAUUAAAAGUGAAAGUUAUAGAGAAGAGCUGCCUACAAUUUAUAAGUGUCCUUACCAGGGCUGCACUGCUGUUUAUAGAGGGUCUGAUGGAAUGAAGAAACACAUCAAAGAGCACCAUGAGGAAGUUCGUGAGAGGCCCUGUCCCCACCCAGGUUGUAACAAGGUGUUCAUGAUAGACCGAUACCUGCAGCGCCAUGUGAAGCUCAUACACACAGAGGUGCGGAAUUACAUCUGUGAUGAAUGUGGGCAAACAUUUAAACAGCGGAAACACCUCUCAGUCCAUCAAAUGAGGCAUUCUGGAGCGAAACCUCUGCAGUGUGAAGUCUGUGGUUUCCAGUGCCGGCAAAGGGCUUCUCUUAAAUACCAUAUGACGAAGCACAAGGCAGAGGCAGAGCUGGACUUUGCUUGCGACCAGUGUGGAAAACGAUUUGAAAAGGCCCAUAACCUAAAUGUCCACAUGUCCAUGGUGCAUCCCUUGACCCAGAAUUCAGAUAAGAAGAAAUCUUAUGGAAUUGUACAAUUACUACAACCUGGUGACGCACAGGGAAUGCCAGAAACUCUUACAGAACCAUUAAUCCAGGGGACUACCAGCUGAAAAACAAGCCAGGAGAGAAGCUGGACUUUUGUAGAAGGUGCAAUAAUCAGAACUCGGGUGCUGAUUUAUUUUAAGAUCAUACUCAAAAAAGGACUGCAGUGUUACUUGCAGUCAAUUGCAGUCAAGCAAGCAGCCUAUAUACUACCAUUCAGGUUUAAUACCACUAGAAGAGAAUUCAUCAGAAUUGUGUGCGAGUUACUUAGAAGCUUUGUCGCUAUUUUAGGUGCAAACACACAAAUAAAAUAAAAAAAGGUUUAAAUAUUAGGAGUCAGCAGUAAACUGGCCCAGAAGAAAUAAGGACUACCUAACAUUUUAAGUUUUUUUUUUUUUUUUUUUAACUGACAUUUUAUAAAUUUCAAAAUGAAAUGUGUUUUUAUUCUGCUUUGUUUUUAUGGGCUGACUUGCACCCGUUACUUGUAACCUGAAAUAAGGUUUCAGCUAACAUUUAUUACAGAAGUUACUUUUUUUCUGUAUUUUAGGUCAAGUGUAGCAUUACUGUACCUAGUCAAAAAAAUCUGAAAGUGCCAUGUAAAAAUUAUUUAUUUUUCCUAUUUACAGCCUUUGUGCAAAUAUUACAAAAAUAUUUAUAAGCACUUGCGUACUGGGGUUGUAUGUUACAGAAGUCCUUACUGACUAGCUGCGAUUCACAGGGUACUGCGUAAGACUUCCUUUAAAACCAAACACUGGUUUUGCCUACAGUAAUGCAGACGUACUGUGGAGACGCAAAUAGGGUUUGAAUCUCAAACUAUUCGUAAAUUACUUUCCUAACUGAAGUAUGAUACGACUGGUACUUCAGAUUUCAUUUACAAUUAUAUGCAAAUGAAGGUUUAGUAAUGUCACGUACUAAAGAUUGAAUUAGUUUGCGAUAUGUAAUUUUCGUAAGUUUUUUUUAUUUUUAUUAUCAUAGCAGUAAAUGCUGCGGUCACUUUGCUAAAAUGACAUAUCCUGUACAGUAAUGCCUGCUUACACACAAUCUGUGUACAGAUUUUUAUAAAUAAACAUAUAUAAAUAUUAUGUUUUGCCAAGUGUAAGAAUUGGUGAGGCAUUUUAAAGGUUAUGUGAUCAUACAGCAUGUACAAAAAGUUUCACUAGAAGAGUUUUCAGGACAGCAUGUGAAUGCCUAUAUCAAGUCAGGUGUUGUAAAGGAAAAGAACAAUGUGAUUUUUGAGCCUGUAAAAGUAUAUUUAAAAAAAAAAAAGUACUUAAAUUGCAGAGAUUACAUUUAAAAUAUAUCUUGACAGUCAGCAUAUUAGAUAUUAAACAUUAAAAUGGACCAUGUAUUUUAAUCAGAUCUUAUUGUGCAUGUAUUUAAAAAGCUAUUUUUUUAUACAAUAAACAGGUAUGUAUAUAAUGUAAAUAGAUCAUCUUGGUUUUUAUGUGUUCCAUAUUUUAGUAUGACAGGCAUCUUUUGUUGAACAGGAUUGUUGUUUAGGAAAAAGGGUUAGUUCCUUUUUUAUAUUUUUGUUUUUGAAAAAUCACUACUUUUUUUUUUUUUUUUACAAAAUUGUAAAUGGAUAAUAUUGAUUAACAAAAAAUGCUCUCAAGAUUGAAGGGAAAGCUAAAUGAACAUUUGUAGAAUUGUGUUGCUUUCUCAAACAUUUCUGUUAAGGUUAUGAUAAAAAUGUAAAGGUAGGAUUCAAUUGUGUUUUUAUUUGAAUACCCUCAUAAACCAACAGACUAAAAAUAAAAUACAGCUUUUAGUUUGCUAGGUUAUGCUACUGAAAUUUUAAAAGAAUUAAAUAUUUGUUUCUGUAUCCAUAAAGUUUUAAACAUUCUUGAGUAAAAUUUAUUUUGCAACAACAUUUCAAUACACAGUAUUGAACAUUUCAUAAUGUUUUUAUUAAAGUGAUUAUUUUUUUGUGCUGGGGAAGACAUUGGAUGCUUGU